CGACGUGCUGCUCCCGAUGCUCCGGGGCGACGCGGCGGACGCCACCGACAUGCGCGCGCUCGCGAAAGUCGCCAAGUGCGUCGUCUCCGCGGCGGGGCCGUACGGCGACAACGGCGACGUCCUCGUCGGCGCGUGCGCCGCGGAGGGCACGCACUACGCCGACCUCACCGGCGAACCCGGGUGGAUGCGAUCAAUCAUCGACGCCCACGACGCCACUGCUAUGUCGACGGGCGCGCGCAUCGUGCCGUGCGCCGGGUUCGACAGCGUCCCCGCGGACGUCGGCGCGUUCAUCGCGGCGACGGAGUUGGCGAAAAGACACCCAGGCGUACGCGUCGUCAAGGUGACGUCGUUUCUCACCAAGGUGCUCGGCGGGUUCAGCGGGGGCACGCUCGCCACCGGGUGGAGGCUCGCCGAGGACGCGCGCGAGCGAACGAGCUUCUGCGACGUGGACGGCCUCGUCCCCGGCGCCAUCGAGGGCGUGACGAACGCGGCGCAGACGCCGUUGGCGUUCGCCGAGCUGGAGCCGACGUAUAAUUCGGACCUCGACGCGUGGGCCACGACGUCGCCCUUCGCCCCGUGCGACGUCAAGGUGGUCCGCCGCACCGUCUCCCUUCUAGAGGGUGCCGAGGUGGGUGCCGAGGUGGGUGCCGAUGCGGGUGCCGAGGCGGGUGCCGAGGUGGGUGCCGACCGGGUGAUGCCGUACGCGAACCUCUCCCGGUUCUGCUACGAGGGUAAGCUCGCCGCGUUUGAGCUCGGGACGCCCGUCGGGUGGAUCAGUUGCAAGGCGACGGCUUCGCUCGUGGAGGCGGCGGUUCGAGGCGCCGCCGACGAAGGGACGAGGACGUCGAUGAAGGCGGCGCUGCCCAAGCCCGGGGAGGGCCCGCCCGAGUGGUUCAGGAACGCGGGGUUCUGGGAGAUGCGGUUUUGCGCGGAGGGCGAGGACGGGAAGGCGAGGGUGUGGACCGCCAUGCGAGGCGGCGGCGACCCGGGAUACUCGGACACGGCUAGGAUUUUGGCAGAGGCGGGCGUCCUGCUCGCGUCGGGUGGUGGUUCGGGGCCCGUUCGGAGGGGCGGGGUGCUGACGCCGGCGGCGGCGUUCGGCGACGCCAUCCUGCGCGGGCUGGAACCGCACGGGAUAACGUACACGGUCGACGGGGACGAACCGAAGGGUGUUUGGUUCUCUCUGCCAAAAAUUGCCAAAACGUGAAAAGCUACUCUUAUUUUAAGCCU